UAAACCAGAAGAAUUUACAGACAAAAUAAAAAUUAUUGACAAAAAUUUUGUUCCAUCAGAAAUAGAUUCAAUUAUACGUUUUAUGUGUCAAAAUUACAAAGUUACUCGAUCAUUGGACACAUCUGAAAAGUUAGUGGAAUGGAUACCAUAUUCUCAGUUUACAAAUGUAAAAGAAAUAGCAAGAGGAGGAUUUGGAGUCAUAUAUCUUGCAACUUGGGCUCAAAAAAGUAUCAUUUUAAAAAAAUUCAAAAAUUCUCAAAAAACUAGCAGAUAUUUUUUAAAUGAGUUAAAAUCAAAUCAAUAUUGUUAUGAAAUUAGACAUCAUAUUAUUAGAGUUCAUGGCGUUACAAAAGAUCCUAAAUUAGGUGAAUAUAUGUUAAUUAUGCAAUAUGCAUCAGGAGGAGAUUUACAUAAAUGGUUGCAAAAAAGUUUUGCAAAUAUUACGUGGAAUAAAGAAAAAUUAAUUAUUUUAUGGCAAAUUUCAGAAGGACUUGAAACUAUUCAUAAAGCUGAUUAUAUACAUCGAGAUUUUCAUAGUGGAAACAUAUUAUAUGAUUUAUUUCACAAUAAUUCAAUACAAGAAAAAUAUAAAGAAAGACAUCAAUGGUUAAUUGGAGACCUAGGAUUAUCACAACCCACAAAUAAUACAUCAUCGAAUAAUGAAAUAUAUGGAGUAAUACCUUAUAUUGCACCAGAAAUAUUUAAAGGAUCUUCAUUUUCUAAAGAAUCAGAUGUUUAUGGUAUGGGUAUGAUUAUGUGGGAACUCACAACAGGUUGUAAACCUUUUGCCAAUGUUGAACAUGAUAUCAAUCUGAUUUUUAAAAUCUUUGAUGGAGAACGACCUGAAAUUACAGAAGAUACACCUGAAUGUUAUGCAAAUUUAAUGAAAAGUUGUUGGGAUCCUGAUCCCAAAAAAAGACCAUCAGCAAAAAAGAUUCGGAAUACUUUUGGUAGUUGGUCUUUCAGAAAUAAGCAUAACGAUAUAUUUAAUAAAGCUGAAUUAAAAAGAAGAGAGUUAAUAGAAUCACAAAAGCUUGGUCCUGAGUUUGCUAAAAAACCACAUCCAAGAGCUAUUUAUACAAGUAGACCACUAAGCUUUUUCAUUUCUAAAUGUUCAUCGAAUUCAUCACAAGGUUAUAAUUACAUUUCAGAAGAACAAGGAUUUGAUAUAGACGUUGAAAGUUAUACUAGUAAGUCCUUAAGUGUACCUGUAACUUCUUUAGGGAAGCGAAAUAUUGAAGAAUUAAAUAUAGAAGAAACUAAUAAUGAUAACGGAAAACAUGUUAAACUCGUGUAUAGAAAUAUUGAAUAAUUUAAUGAGCAUACAUAGUUUGAAGUUAUUUAAUUAUU